AUGACAUGCGUUGAAGAUUUAUCAAACGAAGUUUUCUUGGAAAUUUUCAAUUAUCUUGAUAGUUGUGAUAUAUUAAAAGCAUUUAUAAAUCUUAAUAUUCGAUUUCAACGGUUUAUCACAGAUUCACAUUUACAACUCAAAGUAAAACUUUAUCCUCAAAUCAAAUCAAAAUCUAAACAAAUUCUCUUACCUCAUAAAAGACAAAUAUUUUCACUUUAUUUAUAUGAUCAUUUAAUUAUUAAUCAAUUUUUUACAUUAUAUCCUAUCGAUUCAUCAUUCAAUCAACUUCAAACGUUAAAUGUUCAGUUCAUUAGAACGGAUCAAUUUAUUCAACUUCUUCAAAAUUUACCUCUUUUACCAUGUCUCUUUCAAUUAAUUGUUCAUCUUGACGAUUAUCAAAUUGAUUUUCACACAAUUUAUUCAUUGAUUUUUAAAUUACCAGUAUUAAAAUACCUCAAACUUUCAUCAUUACAACAUGGAAGAUUAUCUAGAUUAUUAUUUAAUCCUGUUAAACAAUCAAAUUCAAUAAAAUAUUUAAUUAUUGAUCAUCCAUGUAUGGACGAUGAUAUUAUUGUUCUACUUUCUUUCUUACCUCAUCUUCGUCAUUUAACAUGUAGAAAAUCUGUAACAAGUCCACCCAGAUUCUUUAAAAUGCCCUUCCCACCAAUUAUAUCUAACUUAACACAUCUAUUUAUUCAACAAUGCGAUAUGGAAUUUGAUGAUUUUGAAAUAUUUCUUCAAAAAAUAUCAUCUCAAUUACAAGUAUUGAAGAUCGUAACAUUUAAUGAUCCAUCAUAUCUUGAUGCUAAUCGAUGGAAACGAUUAAUUUUACAAAAUAUGUUAAAUUUACGCAAGUUUUAUUUUGAAUAUCAUGAUUAUUUUGAUGAUAAUUAUAAAUUAACUCCCUAUCAUCGAUUAAGUAAUCAAUUUCUAUGUUCAUUUUGGAUCGAACGACAAUGGAUAUUUGAU